UUUCCCCAAAGCGAAGCAUGAACCGUUGUUAAGUGGAAAAUGGAGGCUGAGUUUUACAUGACGAUUCUAACCUGCUUGAUCCUCGGGAGCCUGGAGGGAUUCCAGAUAGUUCACGUGCGCAAGCAACAGUGCCUCUCCAUAAAUCAGAAGGUGGUUAUGGGCUUCUGCAAUGGCAGCAGCCACAACCAGCAGUGGCUGUCAACUGAAGAUGGGAAGUUCCUUCACAUUAAAUCUGGAUUGUGCCUGGGUAUCUCCAACUCCUCAAGGGGCCCCUUCCAACCAGCAGUUGCUACUCCCUGUGCCCAGGCACCCCGAUGGACCUGCCAUGCUCAGGAAGGUUUCCUUGAGGUGGAAAAUACCUCACUCUUUCUCAAGAAACAAAACCAUAAGGUAGUGGUCAAGAAGAUCAGUAAAUACCUCGAUAGCUGGAUGAAGUUAGUUAUCAACAAGGAGGGGAGACUGGCCAAUGAAAGCCUCUGUCUGAAGCAAGCUGGCCUGGGUACAGAAGUCUCGGUGCGGACUGCUAGAAACUCAGCUGCUCCCCAGAUUGCCACUACUUCUAACACCGUCCCAUAUAGCCCAAGCCACAUUAGCAAUACCACAGAGACAUUCCUCGGGAGCACUACAGAGACCCUUGGGAGCACUACAGAGACCCGGGGGAGCACUACAGAGACCCUCGGGAGUACUGCAAAGACCCUCAGGAGCCCUGCAGAGACCCUCGGGAGCACUGCAGAGACCCUCGGGAGCACUGCAGAGACCCUCGGGAGCACUGCCGAGGCCUACAGUCAGAGCAGCAGCAAGAGAGGUCUCCCCCGUCUGCACACGGCUGGAACUACAGACGAAUCCUGGAGCCCGCUGACUACUCCACCUUUCUCCAGCAUCACCACAGAGACUGGAGUGGCAGAGCAAGUGAAAUGUAACUUCACACUGUUGGAGUCCAGGGCCUCUAGCUUGUCAGCGUCUAUCCAGUGGAGGACUUUUGGAUCACCCUGUAACUUUAGCCUCAUCUACAGCAGUGAUACCUCGGGGCCCAUGUGGUGCCAUCCUAUUCGGAUAGACAACUUUACCUACGGAUGUAACCCCAAGGAUUUACAAGCAGGGACCAUCUAUAACUUCAGGAUUGUUUCUCUGGAUGGAGAAGAGAGCACUCUGGUCUUACAGACAGAUCCUUUGCCUCCUGCCAAAUUUGAAGUAAACCCGGAGAAGAGAGCAUCAACGACCCUGCAGGUCCGGUGGACUCCCUCUUCUGGAAAAGUCUCGUGGUAUGAGGUGCAAUUAUUUGAUCAUAACAAUCAAAAGAUACAAGAAGUCCAAGUUCAAGAAAGUACCACCUGGAGUGAAUAUACUUUUCUGAACCUCACUGAGGGUAACAGUUACAAAGUUGCCAUCACAGCUGUUUCGGGAGAAAAGCGCUCCUUUCCGGUGUAUAUCAAUGGCUCUACAGUACCAUCUCCAGUGAAAGAUCUUGGCAUUUCCCCCAAUCCUAAUUCUCUCCUAAUUUCCUGGUCUCGUGGUUCUGGGAAUGUGGAACAAUACAGGCUGGUGCUAAUGGAUAAAGGGGCCAUCGUUCAAGACACAAACGUGGACAGGCGUGAUACUUCUUAUGCUUUUCACGAGCUGACCCCUGGCCACCUCUACAACCUCACUAUUGUCACCAUGGCCUCGGGACUGCAAAACUCCAGGUGGAAACUGGUGAGGACCGCUCCCAUGGAAGUCUCAAACCUGAAGGUGACAAAUGACGGCAGUUUGACCUCUCUAAAUGUGAAGUGGCAGAAACCCCCUGGGGAUGUAGAUUCCUACAGCAUUACCCUGUCUCACCAAGGGACCAUCAAAGAAUCCAAAACAUUAGCACCUCGUGUUACUGAAACUCAAUUUAAGGACCUAGUCCCUGGACGGCUUUACCAAGUGACCAUCAGCUGCAUCUCUGGUGAGCUCUCUGCUGAGAAGUCAGCAGCGGGCAGAACAGUUCCAGAAAAAGUGAGGAAUCUGGUUUCCUACAACGAGAUUUGGAUGAAGUCCUUUGCCGUGAACUGGACGCCCCCUGCUGGAGAUUGGGAGCAUUAUCGUAUCGUGCUCUUCAAUGAAUCCUUGGUCUUGCUCAACACCACCGUGGGAAAGGAAGAAACGCGCUAUGCCUUGGAUGGCUUGGAGCUCAUACCAGGAAGACAGUAUGAGGUAGAAGUCAUUGUUGAGAGCGGAAAUCUGCGGAAUUCCGAGCGCUGCCAAGGCAGGACAGUACCCCUGGCUGUCCUCCAGCUUCGCGUCAAACACGCUAACGAAACUUCACUGGGCAUCACGUGGCGGGCCCCUCUAGGCGAAUGGGAGAAAUACAUCAUUUCACUGAUGGACAGAGAGCUCUUGGUCAUCCACAAGUCACUCUCCAAAGAUGCCAAAGAAUUCACUUUUACAGACCUGAUGCCUGGACGGAAUUACAAGGCUACUGUCACUAGCAUGAGUGGAGAUUUAAAACAGUCAUCUUCAAUCAAAGGAAGAACAGUGCCUGCCCAGGUGACUGACCUUCACGUCAGCAACCAAGGGACGAGCAAUAGUCUGUUCACUAACUGGACAAAGGCACUGGGAGAUGUAGAGUUCUACCAAGUUUUACUGAUCCAUGAAAAUGUGGUUGUCAAGAACGAGAGUGUUUCCAGUGAUACCAGCAGAUACAGCUUCCGUGCCCUGAAAUCCGGCAGCCUCUACUCCGUGGUGGUGACCACGGUGAGCGGAGGGAUCUCUUCCCGGCAGGUGGUGGCGGAAGGAAGGACAGUCCCGUCCAGUGUGAGUGGAGUGACAGUCAACAAUUCUGGCCGGAAUGACUACCUCAGCGUCUCCUGGCUGCCAGCGCCUGGAGAAGUGGAUCACUACGUCGUGACCCUCUCCCACGAGGGCCAGGUGGUUCAAUUCCUCAUCAUCGCCAAAUCUGUCAGCGAGUGUUCCUUCAGCUCCCUCACCCCGGGCCGCCUCUACAAUGUCACCAUAACCACCAAGAGCGGCAAUUAUGCAAGCCACGCCUUCAGUGAGGAACGGACAGUACCUGACAAGGUCCAGGGAAUCAGUGUUAGCAACUCUGCCAGAAGCGACUACUUAAAGGUGUCCUGGGUGCAUGCCACCGGAGACUUUGACCACUAUGAAGUCGCCAUCAAAAACAGAGAAAGCUUCAUUCAAACCAAAAGCAUCCCCAAGUCAGAAAAUGAGUGUGAAUUUAUUAAGCUGGUACCUGGACGCCUGUACAGCGUCACUGUCAGUACAAAGAGUGGACAAUAUGAAGCCAGUGAACAGGGGACAGGGAGAACGAUCCCAGAGCCUGUGAAGGACCUCACCCUUCUCAACAGGAGUACGGAGGAUCUCCAUGUGACUUGGUCAAGAGCCAAAGGGGAUGUUGAUCAGUACGAGGUCCAGCUGCUCUUCAACGACAUGAAAGUCUUCCCUCACAUUCACCUUGUGAACACAGCAACUGAGUAUCAGUUCACAGCGCUCACGCCGGGGCGCCAUUACAAAAUCCUCGUCCUGACCAUCAGUGGCGAUGUCCAGCAGUCAGCCUUCAUUGAAGGCCUCACAGUCCCCAGCACUGUCAAAAACAUUCACAUUUCUGCCAACGGAGCCACGGAUAGGCUGAUGGUAACCUGGAGCCCUGGUGGCGGGGAUGUGGAUUCCUAUGUGGUGUCUGCAUUCAGACAGAACGAGAAGGUUGACUCUCAGACCAUUCCCAAGCAUGCCUCGGAGCACACAUUCUACAGGCUAGAGGCCGGAGCCAAGUACAGGAUCGCCAUUGUUUCUGUCAGCGGGUCCCUGAGAAACCAGAUAGAUGCGCUCGGACAGACAGUCCCAGCGUCUGUCCAGGGAGUCGUCGCAGACAAUGCAUACAGCAGUAAUUCCUUAACAGUAAGUUGGCAGAAAGCCCUUGGUGUGGCAGAAAGAUAUGAUAUCCUGCUUCUAAAUGAGAAUGGGCUUCUUUUGAGCAACACGUCAGAGCCAGCUACGGCGAGACAGCAUAAAUUUGAAGAUCUAACGCCAGGCAAGAAAUACAAGAUGCAGAUCCUGACUGUCAGCGGAGGCCUCUUUAGUAAAGAGUCCCAGGCUGAAGGCCGGACAGUCCCAGCAGCUGUCACCAAUCUGAGGAUCACAGAGAACUCCAGUAGAUACCUGUCCUUCAGCUGGACCGCCUCAGAGGGUGAACUCAGCUGGUAUAACAUCUUCCUAUACAACCCAGACAGAACUCUUCAGGAACGAGCGCAAGUUGACCCGCUAGUCCAGAGCUUCUCUUUCCAGAACUUGCUACAAGGCAGAAUGUACAAGAUGGUGAUUGUCACUCACAGUGGGGAGCUGUCUAAUGAGUCCUUUAUAUUCGGCAGAACAGUCCCUGCUGCCGUGAACCAUCUCAAAGGCUCCCAUCGGAACACGACAGACAGCCUGUGGUUCAGCUGGAGCCCGGCCUCCGGGGACUUUGACUUCUAUGAGCUGAUUCUUUACAAUCCUAACGGCACGAAGAAGGAGAACUGGAAAGAAAAGGACGUGACAGAGUGGCGUUUCCAAGGUCUCGUUCCUGGAAGGAAAUACACCCUGUAUGUGGUGACUCACAGUGGGGACCUCAGCAAUAAAGUCACAGGGGAGGGCAGAACAGCCCCAAGUCCUCCAAGUCUUUUGUCAUUCGCCGAUGUUGCGAACACCUCCUUGGCCAUCACCUGGAAGGGACCCCCAGACUGGACAGACUACAAUGACUUUGAGCUGCAGUGGUUCCCUGGAGAUGCACUUACCAUCUUCAACCCCUACAACAGCAGAAAGUCAGAAGGACGCAUUGUGCACGGGCUUCACCCAGGGAGGUCCUAUCAAUUCAGUGUCAAGACUGUGAGCGGGGACUCCUGGAAAACCUACAGCAAACCAAUUUCUGGGUCUGUGAGGACAAAGCCAGACAAGAUACAAAACCUGCAUUGCCGCCCCCAGAACUCCACGGCCAUUGCCUGCUCUUGGAUACCUCCUGACUCCGACUUUGAUGGCUACAGCAUUGAGUGCCGAAAAAUGGAUACCCAAGAAAUCGAGUUUUCCAGAAAGCUGGAGAAAGAAAAAUCACUGCUCAACAUCAUGAUGUUAGUACCUCAUAAGAGGUACCUGGUGUCCAUCAAGGUGCAGUCGGCCGGCAUGACCAGUGAGGUGGUUGAAGAUAGCACCAUCACCAUGAUAGACCGCCCGCCUCCACCGCCUCCACACAUCCGUGUGAAUGAAAAGGAUGUGCUAAUCAGCAAAUCUUCCAUCAACUUUACUGUCAACUGCAGCUGGUUCAGCGACACCAACGGAGCAGUUAAAUACUUCGCUGUGGUGGUGAGAGAGGCCGACAGCAUGGAUGAGUUGAAGCCAGAACAGCAGCAUCCUCUCCCUUCCUACCUGGAGUACAGACACAACGCCUCCAUCCGAGUCUACCAGACCAAUUAUUUUGCCAGCAAAUGUGCUGAAAGUCCCGACAGCAGUUCUAAAAGUUUCAACAUUAAGCUUGGAGCAGAGAUGGACAGCCUCGGUGGCAAAUGUGAUCCCAGUCAGCAGAAAUUCUGCGAUGGACCGCUGAAGCCACACACCGCCUACAGAAUCAGCAUCCGGGCGUUUACACAGCUAUUUGACGAGGACUUGAAAGAGUUCACAAAACCUCUCUACUCGGAUACAUUCUUCUCUAUGCCCAUCACCACAGAGUCAGAGCCCUUGUUUGGAGUUAUUGAAGGUGUGAGUGCUGGCCUGUUUCUAAUUGGCAUGCUGGUGGCCCUUGUCGCCUUCUUCAUCUGCAGACAGAAAGCUAGCCACAGCAGGGAAAGGCCAUCUGCCCGGCUCAGCAUUCGUAGGGACCGGCCUUUGUCUGUCCAUCUGAAUCUGGGCCAGAAAGGCAACCGGAAAACUUCUUGCCCCAUAAAGAUAAACCAGUUUGAAGGGCACUUCAUGAAGCUGCAGGCAGACUCCAACUACCUUCUAUCCAAGGAAUAUGAGGACUUAAAAGACGUGGGUAGAAGCCAGUCAUGUGACAUUGCCCUCUUGCCUGAGAAUCGAGGGAAAAAUCGAUACAACAACAUAUUACCUUAUGAUGCCUCGAGAGUGAAGCUCUGUAAUGUCGAUGAUGACCCUUGCUCUGACUACAUCAACGCCAGUUACAUCCCUGGUAACAACUUCAGACGAGAAUACAUCGCCACUCAGGGACCACUUCCAGGCACCAAGGAUGACUUCUGGAAGAUGGCAUGGGAACAGAACGUUCACAACAUCGUCAUGGUGACCCAGUGUGUUGAAAAGGGCCGAGUGAAGUGUGACCAUUACUGGCCAGCAGACCAGGACCCCCUCUACUAUGGCGAUCUCAUCCUACAGAUGGUCUCAGAGUCCGUGCUCCCUGAGUGGACCAUCAGGGAGUUUAAGAUAUGCAGUGAAGAACAGUUGGAUGCACACAGACUCAUCCGUCACUUUCACUACACGGUGUGGCCAGACCAUGGGGUCCCAGAGACCACCCAGUCCCUGAUCCAAUUUGUGAGGACAGUCAGGGACUACAUCAACAGAAGCCCGGGGGCCGGGCCCACCGUAGUGCACUGCAGCGCUGGUGUGGGCAGAACAGGGACGUUCGUUGCCCUGGACCGGAUCCUCCAGCAGUUGGACUCUAAGGACUCCGUGGACAUUUAUGGGGCAGUGCAUGACCUAAGACUCCACAGGGUUCACAUGGUCCAGACCGAGUGUCAAUAUGUGUAUCUGCAUCAGUGUGUGAGAGACGUCCUCAGAGCGAAGAAACUGCGGAACGAGCAAGAGAACCCCCUGUUUCCGAUUUAUGAGAAUGUGAAUCCAGAGUAUCACAGAGAUGCAAUCUACUCAAGACGUUAAGAAUUCACCUCAAGAUCCCCUGGAUAAAAGUUUUUCACUGUGUGACUUUAAAAACAAAAACAAAACCUUGCUUCAUGCCCUGUAGGGGUGCCAGCCAUUUCUGUUGAUACUAUGUAUAAUUUAUUAAUCUGGAGAAUGUUAAAGAAUUUAUGUAAUUUAAAGGUAACAGAUAUUAUUGUACAUACUUGUAUUUUGUAGUUUCUCCUGUAAAUAUGUAUUUUUCAUAAUGUUUAAAAUUAAGCUUUAUAUAAUACUAUUUUUCCACACUAAAGUGUUCAUGGCUUGUUGUACAUAGACCCAUUCAGCCUGUAUGACAGGGCCACGGGUGAAAUGUGUGUAGAGGAAGUCGCAAGGACAGUUCCUGGGGGUGUUUCUUACCUGUCCUAAUAGUCACUGGGUAAGCGAACGUCAGAGCUGAAGAGAACAUACCAUGAGGCUAGCUAUGUUGAGCUGCUUUCUUAUGAAUGAACCCUGGGAUCUAAGGAGUAUAAUAGUCAAAAAAGAUUAGGGCUGUGGCCAAACCUUUGUGGUAGGCCAUAUGCCAAGAAAUUAAAAAUAAAUGAAGUGAAUUAAAAGGAGGAUUCGACAGCACCAAACCUGAGCUUGCUGUUGUCUAAGCUAGAAGCUUUUUGUCUGACUCCUCCCAGGGUCCCAAGCCAUGGUCAACUUGAAGCUUGCAGUGACCAUGGGGUUAAGGGGUCCCAUAGCCAGCAAUACUAAGAGGGAUGAGGAACCUCCAGCACACAGCAGCAGGCCACCUGCAGCAGUCCCAGCUGGUUCUCCCCUGGAAAGAGUUACAGUGGCAGGUGAUGUUCCUGAUCAGAGAAAGCAUGGGAUGCCAACAUGUCCAUAGAAAUACCUACAUCAUAUAUAAUGAGUUAAAGAGUGGUGGUAACACACACACACACACACACACACACACACACCGGCUCUCCUUAGUCUAAAAACCCUUCAAAUGCUCUUUCUAAGUAAGUUGAUGCAGUUAAAAUGCUACAAGUACUCACCUGAAGCUUGGUUUACUACUGUACGCGACACCACGCACCCUACCAAUUUUAUCAUUAAGAUUUAUGUUUUAUUUGACUAUAAAUAAUUCCAAGUGACUCUGAGAGUGGACAUUGGCCAGACCAAGGUCUGAUUCGUAGAUGUUUCCUGAGGAAGGUCUAGAGAGAGUCCUGUGGGUGCCUGAGUGUGACGUCACAUUUGCUGACCUCAGAGCUUCAUUUCCAGAAACAGCAGCUUCUCUCGAACAUAGGCAUUCUUGCCACGUAUCAUAAAUUCCCACACUAAAAUGGAUAUAAUUGGCAUAACAAUUGAAAAUAAUUAAGGAUACCUAUUGUAUAGGUGUUUAUCAUUGUAACCUUAGUUUGUAAAUAUCGUGUGAUACAGAUAAUUACAUAACUCCACACCCAGCCUGGAAGUGUUUUUAGGGAGUGUUCGCAGUUUAUAGAAACACAGGAGCUGUGUCCUAAGGAUCCCUGUGAACAACAUUCAGAGUUCUCCCGAUGUCCCUGUGCUCUGUGCCCUCAUGACAAUGAUACUGAGCAGCUCUGGCCAUGCGGCCAGAAACAUGGCAGAUCUUGGGAACAGGAAAAAGAGGAGAGGUGUAAGUAUAUAAUGGUAACUAGGGAGAAAAUGGAGGCCAGGCAUGGUGUGGGUGUGUUGUGUGUUAGGAAUGGUUUUCUUAGAGGAAAAAGAAAAUAAGCUAGGUCGAGGGAGCAGCUCAGAGGUAACAAGCUUGUGUGUCUGUCUCUCCCUCUGAGAAGAGAAAAGAAAGGGGAGUGAGUAGAGUUGUAAAAUGAUGUUGCUUGGUGCGAAGCAUGCUGAUAACCUGGAAAAGGAAGUCCAUUUUUGAGAAAAGUUCCAGCAAGGGCCUGGAACCUGUUGGGCCCUGUUCCAAAAUCUGUUUCUCUGUGUCCUCAAGGAGAGAAACAAGGCGCAGUGAAAUUAACGUUUUUAUUGUUUUCAAUAGGAAGUGGAAGAGGGUCUGGGUGAGAGCAGGAGACCAGAGUGAUGCCUUCCUUGAGGCACCUGCCAGCAAGGGCUGGAGCUGUUUCUAUGGCAAGUCACUAGAUGCAGAAGAGAAAGCAGUUAAUUGCACACACAGGGACUACCACCACAAAGCCCCUGCAUGUCUGUAGCCAUAACUCACACUCACACCUCUCAAAGCAUCUCUGGUGAAGUCAGAGUUACAGAAAUGAGCACAGCCAUGCAGCCCAGGGACAGCAUGCAUUCUUGCUCUCUAUUCCAGGGAACACUAAUCCCUCCUCUAUACAAGUUUUAAAGCCCCCUUAGCAACAAAUACUUCUGUGUAAUUUCUCUCUUGAAAAGAUCUAAUACAAAUCUAGUUGAUCUACCCAUCGAAUUUAGCAGAGAGCCGGACUGAAAAUGUAACUACCGAUAGGAUGCUUGCCAGGCACGUGGGAGGCCCUGGGUUUAGUCUCAGGUACCACAAAAUAAGCAAGGAGAAAAAGAAAGAACGGUUUCUUUGGCUCUUCCUUCUGUUGGGUGCAUCUCCCCUUAAUUGCUUCACAUGGCUGUGCCUCGAUAAACACUCCACUUCCUGCCGUGUGGGACAUCCUGUCUGCACCUGAGAGCAGUUCUGUACUCACUAAAGCUUUCAAGUACUUCAAGGCUCUCAGACUUUUGAGAGAGUCUGUUUUGCAUCUUAAUAAUUAUUUACCCAGGUUCCUUAUAAUUAACUCCUCCAAUCUUUCAGAUUAAAUCAAUUUCACAUUGCAAGUCUGCGUUGCUCUGGAAAGCUGCCAACUUUCCCACUCUUGAAUCAGAUUGUUCAAAGAUGCAUCUCUCUCCCUGUCUGGGCUUGCAAACAUUCAUCUUGAGGAACUUCCACCCUUUAGUGCCCGGCCUUCCACCCUCCCCUUGCUUGCUGCUGCUUCCUGGCGAAUGGCUCACUGUGCUGGGCGAAUGAAUGUGCCUUUAUCUUCUAUUCAUCUCAUCUUCCACCCACUGCUAGCAUCUCAUAACCUCAACACCGUACAGGAGUGAUUAAGACUUAAUUUUUCAACAUUGAAACGGCAACAACAUAGCAAUUUGGGGUCAGUUAUAUUUAGGAGGCUCUGUAAUUAAUUUUGUUAUUACCUCUUGGAGGAAAGCCCAAAAUGAUAUGAGAAAAUAAUGUGAAACGUUUUAACAGAUGUCCAGCAAUACAAAAAUAGGACGCUCAUGAUCCACUUUACAGUGCUUCUCUUAGCUCCGUGUUAAGGCUCUAACUCCUUAUAUUAAACACUUUCUGAUCCCCUCACAAAAAGAAGGAAGGAAGAAAGAGAGAGAGAAAGAAAGAUCUGUCAUGUAAUAAAUUCUUGUUCAGUUUAGUUUAUGGGCAUUUUGGAAGGUUGAAUCCUAAAGUUACUAGAUAUUUGCCUCGGAGCCCCAGCCAUGAAACACUCUAGAAUUUUUGUUCACACAAGCUGCCCUGACCAAACCUGACCAUGCCAAGCUGAGUAAGUAAUAAACUGUAGCAGCUUGUUUGUAGAAACAAUUCGGAGGUUUUCUGAGUUCUGUUUCACUGGGGGGAAUGUGAUUGAUGUAAGGAGGCAUGAGCUGUCGCGGAGAGUAAGCUCCCAUCCCCGAGGAGUCCGGCGGAAGCGGAAGUGUCACACACCUGCCUGAAUCCCCGUUACCACUCCAACGAUCGCUAAUCCAAGCUUGAGAAGUUCCGUGUUCAAAGAAAUCUUUCACGGCAAAGGAAGCUGGGUCACGGCUGCGGAGAGGAAGUGAAAUGAUGAGAGGAAGGAAACCGCUGGAGAAGAGACCACCAAGGCAGACAUCGGGAAGGCAGACUGCCCCGUCUUCCUUCUUGGGACGGUUUUUGAACAUCUCAUCAUGUAUUUCUAUUAGGACAGGUAGAUUGAGCAUCCCGAACCCCCAAAUCUGAAACUCAAAAUGCUCCCAAGUGCAAGACUUGACUUGAGCACUGACUUGACUCCAUGGUAAGUUCUAUGGCUGGCCUCGUGCAAUCUCUAAGAAAACACAGAUCCAUUCAAAACUACCAUGUAAACUUACCGUCAGCCAUGUGCACAAGGUACAUGAGAGACUGAAAUGAACUUCAUGUUUAGACUUGGGAUUCACCUUCAAGACUCGUAUUUAUUCAAAUAUUCCAAAUUUAUUUUAAAAUCAGAUUCUGGUGGAAAUCAUUUCAGGUAAAGGACCUCUGACUGGUGUGACUGUUGAUGGGAUUCACCGUGACCACGGAGGGUCAGGCUAUCUAGCUGAUUCAACCAUUGGACAGGCUCCCUUGGCUUUUGAAUUAACCAGGUGUGUGACUAAGUUUACAGGGCUUGUCACUGCAGACACAGCACCUUAGAGUCUUAUAGUGUAGGAUAACUGUAUAGGAUACAGUAUUUGGCCAUUUCGGUUAAAACUCAGGGUGCCAUUUGAUGCAGCCACAAUAACAGCAAAAAUUCUGGUCUCUUCUAAAACUGUGUAUAGCACUGAAAACACUUCCGGCUGAAAGUACUUGACUGAAGGUGGCUUCCUUGGAAUAACCACAUGCAUUUUAUUUUUUUAAGAAUUGUCUAUAUAGAUAGUAUUCAUUAAGUAAAGACAUUGUUGGCGAAUGCUUCCCCUAAAUAGAAGUGUACAUAAUGAAGAUAUAAAAGAUCUAUUGAAAGAUAUGCCAAAGAUUAUUUUUUAACCUAUAUGCCAAUAAUGCACAUGAUCUUACGUAAGACACCAAAGAAAGUUGUUCAGAACUGUAAAUAGUGUCAGAGAAAUGUUACGUGUCUCCUCUCAGAGCAGUUUCAAGAAGGGUUCGUUUGGGUUGUUCUCUGCCUCAAGUAAUUUUCUUUAAAAAAAAAAAAUGCCAUCCUCACCCUAAGGCAAGUAAGCAUUUCCAUUAAGUCUGAGAUGUGUUUUAGGAGCUGUGCGUGUAAAUAUGCCUUGAGAAAGGAGCCCGUGUGAUUGUGGCUUUAGAAAUCCAUCAGCCUCCAUCUGCCAGUUGGUGGGAAGGUCUACACCAGAGGUCAGAGGUCAGAGUCUUCUGGCCUCAGCCACACGGACAAGAGAGACCACAAGGUCCCCGCUUAAAGAGCACUUCAUCUUGGCCGUUGUCUGUGAGGAUCAGUUCUCCAAGAACAAAGAGCAAAUCUCUCUUGCUUACCUUCCAUCCCAUAGAGAACAGUGCACGGUUCACAUACCCUGCAUGCACGGUUUAGAGCAGAAGUUGCUUCUGGCUGUGUGCUUUGGAUGUUUGAUUGUACCUACUAAUUCUGAAGUCCACAGAGGGGUGUUUAGCUGCUCUGUCGCGUGUGUGAAGGGUAAUAGAUCAUGUAAAUAAACCCAGCAACUGAACCUGUUAUGUUCUAUAAUAGAGCACUUUCCUGGUUUCAAAAUCAUUUACGUUCUCUGCAAAUCUAGUAAAAUGGCAGUAAAUGAAUUUUUUUUUCACACUACAGCAUCUAUCCACACGAUUGCAUUGUAACCAGCAUUGUUUGAACAAAGAACCUCAUCAAUCUUUCUAUUUAAAUAAUGUAUGUGCUUAAUAUAUUUUCAGAUAUGUAACCAUGGUUAAAGGAAACCUAUUGGAAUCUUGCACAAACCCUCACCAAUGUAGAAAUAAAACUGCUGCUCAUUGAAA